AUGGCCGAGAGCUGCGUGCUUUGCUUCUUCGGAGGCCGCGAUAAUGGUGAAAAUGGGAUCGUCGAGGACAAUGUUCGCCAUCUUCUUGCAGGUCAGGGUGAGGACGAGGCCCCGGUAAGAGAGUUUGGUCAGGAUCAGAAGGACCACUUCGUGAGGGAGGUCUCCCAUGCGGGAGACGAGGAGGGUCGCUUCAUUCGAGGAAGAGCGGCCGUCUGA